AUGCACUGCAAAUCGUCCGCGUCCGCGCCGCUGGCCCUCUUGCAGUCCUUGACGAGCGAUGAAGCCUCGUCGCAAGAACCAAAGGGAGCAUCGACCAUCUGGUAUCAAAAUGAGGCGAUCAAGCGUGUAGAUCCCAUGGUCGCUUUCCACAUCAAAGACCGCAGCCGGAAGCACAAGGCGACGCCAACGCAGUUCUACCUGGCCAUCUACCACGUGUUGCUGUCGCGCAUGACGGGCAGCGAUGACAUCGCCAUCGGCAUUGCCGACACCAACCGCUCCACCAUGGACGAGUUGUCGGCCAUGGGCUUCUGUGCCAACCUGCUCCCUCUGGGGUUCGGCGACUUUGGCGAGCACUUGAUGUUCGUCCAGGACAGUGUGAGAGAGGCCCUGAAGCAUUCUCGCGUGCCCUAUAGUGUCAUCCACGACCGCCUUAGCACUGCACAAGGCAGAUGCAACGACCCAACCACGCACCUACCCUACGAGCUGGGUGAUCCUGCUCUUUCAUCCAUCGAGUUGGGCUGA